AUGGAUGUUGAGGCGGCUGAGUUCCAAGACUGGGAGAUGCUUUACCCGAAUCGGGCGUCUGAUUCGGAACCGAUAACUCCGCCUGAUUCAGCCGGAAACAUGAACGGUCUCGAUGAAGUUGGAUCAGAGACGGGCGGUGUGGUUCAACCCAAUUACUUCUCUUUAGACUCUCAAAUCAGGCAUAUGAGUACGUUUACUGGUGCCUAUGGAAGCGAGGAAGACUCUGAACAAUCAGAUAAUCCGAGUUGGAUUGAUCCCGGAUCUGAUAAUCACUUUACCAUGAAGAAUUCUCACGAAUCCGGGUCGGAUUCCGGCAGUGAAUUUGAUGGUAAAAAUAAAUUAGGUUUUGAAGAGAUUAAAAGUGAAAACGGUAAAGAAUUUUGUCCGGAUUCUGUGGAAUUUUGUGCUGGACAAAAUAGUCAUCUACAAGAUGAGGAAAAUGGAAGUGAAGAUGAAAAAAAGAUUGAAGUAGAACAGAGAGACCAAAAGAGGAGGUUAGUGUGGUGGAAGUUGCCAAUACAACUUGUCAAGUAUUGUGCUGCUUUUAGAGUUAGCCCUUCGUGGACAUUUUCUGUUGCUGCUGUCAUGGCUUUUGUUAUUUUGGUUCGUAGAUUGUAUAAAAUGAAGAAAAAGAGCAAGGCAUUGGAGCUGAAAGUAACUGUAAAUGACAAGAAUGUAUCUCAAUUCGCAUUCUCUAUUGUGAAGCGGGUUCCUGUGAUUCGGACACAGUUGCCAGCCGCUGGAGACACACUGUGGCCUCUCAUGAGUUUGAGAUAA